CGGAAGCUCCACGUCGGUCGGCGGCGGCGGCGGCGGCGGGUUGGAGCAGGGCGACAGCUGGGCGCUGCCGCGGGGCCGCUCGCGGCGAUGCCUCUCCGACUUGAUAUCAAGCGAAAACUAACAGCUCGAUCUGACCGAGUGAAGAGUGUAGACUUGCAUCCCACAGAACCAUGGAUGUUGGCUAGCCUUUACAAUGGCAGUGUCUGUGUUUGGAAUCAUGAAACACAGACUCUGGUGAAGACCUUUGAAGUGUGUGACCUGCCAGUGAGAGCUGCCAAAUUUGUGGCAAGAAAAAACUGGGUUGUUACAGGAGCUGAUGACAUGCAAAUUAGAGUUUUCAAUUACAACACCUUGGAAAGAGUUCAUAUGUUUGAAGCACAUUCAGAUUAUAUUCGUUGCAUUGCCGUACAUCCUACACAGCCUUUUAUACUGACAAGCAGUGAUGACAUGCUCAUUAAGCUCUGGGACUGGGAUAAGAAAUGGUCAUGUUCUCAAGUGUUUGAAGGACACACCCAUUAUGUCAUGCAGAUUGUCAUAAACCCAAAAGACAAUAAUCAGUUUGCCAGUGCCUCUUUGGACAGGACGAUCAAGGUGUGGCAGCUUGGCUCUUCUUCCCCCAACUUUACUUUGGAAGGCCAUGAAAAAGGUGUAAACUGCAUUGACUAUUACAGUGGAGGUGACAAGCCAUACCUCAUUUCAGGUGCAGACGACCGUUUGGUUAAGAUCUGGGACUACCAGAAUAAAACAUGUGUACAAACACUGGAGGGACAUGCUCAGAAUGUGUCAUGUGUCAGCUUCCACCCUGAACUGCCUAUCAUAAUCACAGGCUCAGAAGAUGGAACUGUGCGCAUUUGGCAUUCAAGCACAUACCGCCUUGAAAGUACCCUCAACUAUGGCAUGGAGAGAGUGUGGUGUGUGGCCAGUUUAAGAGGAUCCAAUAAUGUGGCAUUGGGAUAUGAUGAAGGCAGCAUUAUUGUUAAGCUUGGUCGUGAAGAACCAGCCAUGUCCAUGGAUUCAAAUGGAAAAAUUAUUUGGGCUAAGCAUUCAGAAGUCCAGCAGGCUAACUUGAAAGCUAUGGGAGAUGCUGAAAUUAAGGAUGGAGAAAGAUUGCCACUGGCUGUAAAGGAUAUGGGGAGCUGUGAAAUCUAUCCACAGACAAUUCAGCACAACCCUAAUGGACGGUUUGUAGUAGUGUGUGGCGAUGGUGAAUACAUCAUUUACACAGCUAUGGCUUUGAGAAACAAGAGUUUUGGUUCUGCACAGGAGUUUGUAUGGGCACAUGAUUCUUCUGAAUAUGCAAUCAGGGAGAGCAACAGUGUAGUAAAGAUAUUUAAAAAUUUCAAAGAGAAGAAGUCAUUCAAACCAGACUUUGGAGCAGAAGGCAUCUAUGGAGGCUUCCUGUUGGGUGUCAGAUCUGUUAAUGGUUUGGCUUUCUACGAUUGGGAAAACACAGAAUUGAUACGCAGAAUUGAAAUUCAGCCCAAACACAUUUUCUGGUCUGACUCGGGUGAGCUUGUCUGCAUUGCUACAGAAGAGUCAUUCUUCAUUCUGAAAUACCUAUCAGAAAAAGUUGCAGCAGCCCAAGAAACACAUGAAGGAGUCACUGAAGAUGGAAUUGAAGAUGCUUUUGAGGUUCUUGGUGAGAUUCAAGAGAUUGUGAAAACAGGCUUGUGGGUAGGCGACUGCUUUAUUUACACCAGUUCUGUGAACAGACUCAAUUACUACGUUGGAGGAGAAAUUGUCACUAUUGCCCAUUUAGACAGGACAAUGUAUCUUUUGGGGUAUAUUCCUAAGGACAACCGACUUUAUUUGGGUGAUAAAGAGCUAAACAUUGUUAGCUACUCCUUGCUAGUCUCAGUGCUUGAAUAUCAAACUGCUGUGAUGAGAAGAGAUUUCGGUAUGGCUGACAAAGUUCUUCCCACAAUUCCAAAAGAACAGAGAACCAGAGUUGCACAUUUUCUUGAAAAACAGGGCUUCAAACAACAAGCCCUUGCAGUAUCCACAGAUCCUGAACAUCGUUUUGAACUUGCUCUUCAACUGGGAGAAUUAAAAAUUGCAUAUCAGCUUGCAGUGGAAGCAGAGUCAGAACAGAAAUGGAAGCAACUUGCUGAGCUUGCCAUUAGUAAAUGCCAGUUUGGCUUAGCCCAGGAAUGUCUCCACCAUGCACAAGACUAUGGAGGUCUGCUGCUCUUAGCUACUGCUUCAGGAAAUGCUAACAUGGUGAAUAAGUUAGCUGAAGGAGCAGAAAAAGAUGGCAAGAACAACGUAGCAUUUAUGAGCUACUUCCUACAAGGAAAGCUUGAUUCAUGUUUGGAACUGCUGAUUAAAACUGGGCGUCUCCCAGAAGCUGCUUUUCUUGCACGGACAUAUUUGCCAAGCCAAGUUUCAAGGGUUGUUAAACUGUGGCGGGAGAGUCUUUCUAAAGUCAAUCAAAAAGCUGCUGAAUCCCUUGCUGAUCCUACAGAAUAUGAGAAUCUUUUCCCUGGGUUAAAGGAAGCCUUUGUUGUUGAAGAGUAUGUUAAACAAAGUCUUGCUGACUUGCGGCCAGCCAGGGAAUAUCCCCUUGUCACCCCAAAUGAAGAAAGAAAUUUACUUGAAGAAGCAAAAGGUUUUGAGCCUUCUGGAGUAAUGGUAUCUCAGGAAUGUCAUUUUCAUCAGAAGCAGGCUGAAGAACCGGUUCUAUAUUCUAAACCAGAAGUGAUGAAGUCACUUGUUUCACAGAACUCUGAUCUACUUUCAACAAGAGAACAGAAGACCCUUCUUGACUUGGAAGAUGACUUAGAUAACUUGGAUCUUGAGGAUAUUGAUACCACAGAUAUCAAUCUGGAUGAAGAGAUCUUAGAUGACUGAACUCAGUUUUUUAGAUGACCAAAUCACUUACUCCAAAUAAAGCAAUGAAGUUGCGGACAAUGUGUUUCAACUAGAUUUUUUUUUUCUUAACUGAAGGUGGACCACAUAACAUGUAGGGAAAACAACUGUAUAAAUAAAAUCAGUUUGUGUUGAAAUUUAUUAUGUAGGUCUAUUUACUUGCAUACAAAAAACAUUUUUGUUUAUCAAGAAACUAAUAAACCCUUUUAAAGACAUUAUUAUUGUGGUUUUAAUGACUUAAUUCUAGUAUUUAAGAUAAUUUAACCUAGCUUCAUCAACUGUGUCUACUAUAAAUACUGUUAAGAGUGACCAUGUUAGCAAACUGUUAGCAUUUAAAAUGACUUAAGUGUGUAACAAAGCAUGCAUACUAAUGUGUCUAAUUACUGUUCAGCUGUUCUGCUUGGCUUGCAUCUGUUAGCAAGCAAUAGCCCUGUUGGUAUUGGCUAACAACCUAAAACAGUAACAUUUCACCCUGCUAGCUACCGUUCUAAGUAACAGAACAAUCAUCAGGCUCAGUUAUCGCUUUCUUAUAUCAAUCUCUCUAAAUCUCUACUUAUUUCAAGUAGUUAAGUGAAACAUGGACAGCAAUUGAGGUUGAAGAUACAACCAUAAAGCAAGAAGACAGCUGCAAGCUCAUGUACAGUAUUUUAAAAAAUAAAAGUUAUUUUUUUAUUCUUGUACAAUUUUUUCCAGAACACUCAACUGUCAAGUUCUUGUUUUAGAAUCCUGUACAGAGAAUGCUUACAAACAGGUGUAAGACUUAAAAAUAUAUUUCACGAAGCUGUAGAAGUAGCCAUUGCUUCUUGAUAAGCCUGAAGGGCCAGUUGUAUAUAGCCUUCUUUCUGUGAUUCAGUUUUCACAAAUACCUAUGAACAAGGUAUGAUAGAGAUCAAUAUAGUUAGCAGCAUGCUUACACAAUGAGAUUACCAUAGUGAUGGUGUGUCACCUGCUACAACUGAAACAGUCACUUGAUGUAGAAAAAUAAAAACAUACAAACCA